AACCUAACCCUAACCUCCCUCACCAUACACACUUUUCCCCUUUCUCUAACACAACGCAGCAACAGUAAGAAAGAAACAAAGAAAAGAGAACCAACGAGCGAAGGGACGGAGCUGCGAUUAGAAGAGAGGAUGUGCCACGCUGCUGCCGCUGUCCAGCCGCCUCGCCACCGCCAUCGCGUCACCGCCAAGCCAUCGCAGGAGAGAGAGAGACGUUGAGACAGAGAGCUGCCGCUACGGGAAACGCGUUGGAGGAGAGGACGCCGCCAGCCCUGUCGCGCCUGGUCGCUACCAAGCUCGCCGUCGGAGAUCGCCGUUCCGUCACUGCUGCUACGUCGCCGUCGAUGAAGCUUCUGCCGCCGCCGUGAAUCGCGAGCAGAGGAGGGGGAGAAAGAGACGAGUUCGUGAGGGAGAAGCAGCGCUGCCACCUUGCCGCCGUACCUCCUUGCUGCCGUCGAGCUGUCCGCUGCCGUUGUCGCCGUUCUGAUCGCCGGAGAACUAUCGUUGGAGCCGCCACUAUCCUGGUAGGUUCGUUGGUUGUGUAAAGAAUGAAGCUGUUGGGUUGCUGGUUGCGGCUUAGCCAAUCGUCACGUUGCAACCGCGCCUUCAAUUCAGUUUCUGCGAAAUUCGAAAGUUGAGGAAAAACCUUAUUGAGAAACGAAGAGAAAGAGAACCGUAAGUAACAUGCCGAAUUGCAAUGACAAACAACAGAAGAUGUGGCCUUCUCAAACUUGUUUCUCUUCGCAAUGCUUCUCACUCUUCCUCAAAUGCAAAACCUGACUCCCAUUUGGCAGCAACAUUAACCGCUAAGAAGAGUGUUUCUGGGUUCCACACUAACAUUGAUGAUGCUGUUGCCUUUUUCAUUCGCCUCAUGAAUGAGCACCGCACUUCAUCUCAACUCGAACUUGGUAAGAUUUUGAUGUCUGUUGUUAACAUGAAAGAAUAUCCCACUGCUAUUUUUCUUUUUGCACAAAUGGAGUUUAAGGGUAUCGCUCCUUCCAUGAUUAGUCUGAGCAUGUUGAUCAAUUGUUUUUGCCAUUUGGGUCAAAUGAAUUCUGCUUUCUCUGCAUUGGCCAAGAUUAUCAAGAUGGGUCAUGAAUUGAAUAUCAUAACACUGACCACACUCAUCAAAGGGUUCUGUAUAAACGGCAAGGUUAGGGAAGCCCUACGGUUUCAUGACAAACUAAUAUCUCUAGGUUUUCAGCUUGAUGAGGUUAGUUAUGGGAUCUUAAUUAGUAGUCUAUGUAAAAUGGGGCAAGCAAGAGCCGCCAUGGAGCUUUUGCAAAAGCUAGAGAGUUAUACAGUUAAGCCUAACAUAGUAAUGUACAGAACAAUUAUUGAUGGAUUGGGUAAAGAUGGUCUUGUAAAUGAGACACAAAAUUUGUUCUCAGAGAUGAUUUCUCGAGGAGUUUAUCCUGAUGUUGUCUCAUACAAUUCUCUGAUUCAUGGUUUGUGUUGUACCGGUCGUUUAAAAGAAGCAACUCAAUUGUUGAAUGAUAUGGUUGUUAAAGACAUUAACCCAGAUGUAUGUACCUAUAACAUUCUAGUCAAUGCAUUAUGUAAAGAUCGAAGAAUAAUAGAAGCCAAACAAGUGUUUGAUAUGUUGAUGGACAGAGGAAUCAAGCCUGACGUAGUCACAUACAAUACAUUAAUAUAUGGAUACAUUUUAAUUGGCAAAGUGGAUGAAGCAGCAAGUUUAUUUGGUGAUAUGAAGAAAAUUGGUCUGGCUCUGUGUGUCUGGAGUUAUAGUAUUAUGAUAAAUGGAUAUUGUAAACACAAAAGAUUGGAUGAAGCUGUAACACUCUUUAAAGAGAUGCCCCAGAGAAAUUUGAUUCCAAGUACCGUAACAUAUAAUUCUCUUAUUGAUGGCUUUUGCAAAUCAGGGAGAAUACCUGAUGUGCAAAAUCUUCUUGAGGAUAUGUAUGCUAGAGGCCAGUCCCCAAAUAUUAUUACUUACAAUAUCUUGUUGGACAGUUUAUGUAAAGGUAGUCAUCUUGAUGUUGCAAUUGAAUUAUUUCAGAAAAUUUUUGGCAAGGGGGGUUGGUCCUUAUGCCAUACACCAUACUGAUCGAUGGAUUGUAUAAUCACGGGAGAGAUAAAACUGCUGAAGAGGUUUUCAACCUUCUCCAUAAUAAAGGUUGGCGAGAUGUGAAAGCAUUUGAUGCUAUGACCAAUGGGCUGUGUAAGAACUAAGGAGGGCUUGUUCGACAAAGCAACAAGCUUGCUAUCAAAUGGAUGGCAAUAGUCGUGCUCUAGAUGAUAUAACUGCUUUUGCAAUUGUUCAUGCUCUUGAGAAAAAUGAAAAAGAAAAAGUAGAGAAGUUUCUUUGUAAAAUGAUCUUUAGAGGCAUGUUGAAGCAAUAAAAGAAGGUUUGGUUGAGGCCACAGCUCUUCCAUAUCUGGGAAUUCGACCUGAGGUGCUUAGUAUGGAACUAUGGAUGAGAAAGCAGAGUUACUCUUUUUAGAUCAGGGCAUCACAACUGAUGUUGUACUCGGAAUUAUAUAUGCCAUUGCCAGCAAUUUCCACCCACUCCCUCAAGACUUGUUCAAAUAUGGUAUGAUCAGUUAACAACCCUUCAAUUAUAUCAAGGUUUCUAAGGUUAACAUUUGUUACUUCAAUUAAGUUCAUACUUCAUAGUCACUUGUUUCCACAUCUAAAUGUUGUUUUAGAAUCCACCUUUUUGUUCUAAAGCUUGUCUUACUGAGGUGUUUAGUUAGCAGUUUGCCUACCUUGAAAAGUUACAAUGUUAUACACCUAUGAGUGUUGAGGCUAAAAAGUGAAGUAGGUGGAGAAGUGAAAGUGAAAGGGUGCCGAUGAGUGUUGAAGCUGAGAAGUGAAAGGGAAUGGAAGAGGGAGGAAGAGAGAGAAGAAGAAGAAACUGCCACCGAAAGCAUUGUGCGGAGCGCGGAGUGCGGAGUGCGGAUAAAAGGAUCAAUAUCCAUUUUCAGUCAGUACUUUUUACAAAUAGAUGGUCUGUAACUUCUACUCUUCCUCAGAAAUAGCAGGAAUUCCUGUUGAAAUGUAAUGGUGUUUUGAUUUGGAUUGAUUGAAUGAGUAGAUAUUAUUGUGUAGUAGUGUUUCAGCUCGGAGUUCAAUUUUUUAACUUCACCUUUUGAUGGCUAA